UUGGAUUAAGCGGCUGGCGCUUCAGUGUGCGCAUGCGCCUCGUUUGGCGGCGCUUUGAAGUUCGUUGGCCGGAGGGGGAGCUGCAGCCGCCGGUGAGAACAGGACACCGUUUAAAUCACCUGAAGAAACUCCCAAACAGAGGAAGAAGCAGAGGAAGGACACCGGAAGAUCUCCUCUUCCCAGAAAGGAGAAGGUGGAUCAUUAAGGUGUCCGCCAGUCCUCCGGCGAAGACGCGGACUUCAUCUGCGGUAAUAGAAGAAAGCUGGGCAGGAAAAAGUGACAGAUGUUGGAGGCCCACGCCGAGCAGAAAGCGAGAGUGGGACUGUCAGACAUGUCGACUCCGGCGAGGUGAUGGAUGGAGAGUGAGAAUUACCAACAAUUCCCCUUCAAUUCACACGCGACUGCCCAACUGCCACCAAAUGGUCGAAAUGUUUUCGGACAAAGAACGGGAUGGGAGACAGCUCAGAGUGUCAGGGAUGACGUCCCGGUGUUCAGCUCUGAGAGUAAAAGUCUUCAGUCGGAGUAAACUUCAGCGCCGGCCGCCCGUGCUGCAGCGGCCCAUCAUCCGGCUGGCGUGAUGCUUGAAGACGGCUCCCUGCGCGUUCCAGCAUGUCGCUGUUUAAUGCCUCAGCACACGCCCACGCAUGGUAAACAUGCGAUGACAGCGGCGGGUCAGGGGGCAGAGGUGCACCGCGAGGCAAACAUACAAACAAAGCUUCAAAAGGACUGUACUCCUUGUCAUUCAAAUCCAGUGUCAUUGCUGGUCGCCGCGGCGAGCGUUAACGUCCGUGUCAGCGCUUCGUCAGACUGGGGCUGACCUUGAGCGUCUGUCUGUAUCAUUGAACAAAGCCUGUAUAUGAAUAGCGCUGCUGUAAUGUGCGUUGACAGUGAUUUGAUAACAGUCAGAUUAACAUAUAGACAGGCUGCAGCCUGAACUGCACAUCACAGAACAUACAUUAUUAAAGCCCAACAGCAGGAAAGUGACAACAGAUAUUCUCCUAAUACAGAGGCUCUUCUUUAUAUUAAGAGUCCUGCCAAUAAAUGCAGAGGUUUAUGACCUGCAGGCGUGUAGCGGUACACCUCAAUAAAAACAACAGGAGUCAAUGAUCAACCGGCGCAGAAACGCAGCUGCAGAUUUGUACUUUUACCUGAGAGCUUUUAUCAGCGCCGCUAAUUGAGGUUGCAGCCGCGGCGUGAAUGUGCAGACCGCUACGACUUACUUAAAUGUCAGCCUUUUAUUUUGAGGCUUGAUUUGUUUGAGAGGUGAAUCUGUUUUUGUUUCAACACAAAGAGAGGAAUUCUCAGAGCGUUUGAAGGUCAGAAGCUUUUUCACUUGAAACCUUUUCAUCAACCUGACCUGUAUAGUUCUCAUUCAGUCUCUUGAUGAGACGCGGAGCUGUAAUACUCAGAUCUUUGAAGGGCAACUUAAAAAGGGCUCACAGACCUUCAGCUUUAAACCCAGUGUUUUACAGAAUCAAGGAAGAUUUGGACGAUAAAGAAGUUGUGCCAAGAGAACCUCUUAUUAAUAACAUUUUGGAGCAGAAACUCGGGUGCUAAUAAAUUCCAGAAACUUUCCUCACAGAGAGUUAUGACCCCAAAAAUGGAUCAAAAAUAAAAGAAUAAAUCCUAAAUCUACUGUAGAUCUUUAACAUAAACAAGGGGAACAACAAGUUAAUGUACGAAGUAAACGAGUGAAAAAUAAUCUAAGAUCUCUACAGAUGUGGUUGUAUUAAUUCUGGACAUUCAUUUGUUUAUUCUUUUAAUUUCCUGUUUAAAAAGUAUUUUAUUUUGAAAUAAACCCAUUUAUUAAUCCUGUUUAAUCCCUGUUCAGAUUACAUUUUAGUAGUUUUCUAAACUUUUAUCUAUGGGAAAAUUUUGUAGAUCCAUAGAAAAAUGGAACAAACCCGUGAGGGCGGAGCUUCAGUCGUCACACGAUGUAGCCCUCUGAUUGGAGGAAAGGUUUUACGACAGCAGGAAGUGUCCGACCGGCACUUUUCCCGACUCAAGAUCCAAAGCGUUUGUCCUCUUUUUGUCUGGAUUCUUCUUCGCUCCCCACAAUCUUCCUGUUAAGAAUGUAGUGUUCCUCUUAUUCGCGGGGGUUGGAGACACGCCCAAUCCACGAAUACGGAGACGCCCCUCCCCCGCUUCCGUCUCACCCCUCCCCCGCAGCCAAAGAAGGCCUGUUACUGGUCCGUACUCAUCAGAAACACUGUGAACAUUUAUUGAAGGUUGGAGUGAUAAAGACUGUUCUGCAGCGUAGAGACGGACUACUUUAGAUUUAGAUUUAUUUCAGACAUGUAAAAAAAACAACAUUACAAGGCAAAAAUAAAAUUAAAAAAAAAAUACAGAAAGAAAAAAGAAAAA